UCCCUUACAUCCUCUCAGACAAGUGACGCAUUUAUCAUCACUGGUAUAAAGACGCAGCAUCAUUCUCAGUCAGCAGCCGACACUCGCAGUUCAGACCCUCUCUGCUGCACUAAACAGUUCAGCAGUCCACUAUGCGCUCUUCGAGGUGCGACGGUGUGGUGCGCACCGGGCUCUCCACUAAGUAGCCGAAACUCUCCAAACCACUCGAGUUUACUAACAAUGGAGGACGCAAACAACACGACAGCCUGGUUUCAGUUUCACAAUUCUUCCAACGAAACCUCCAAACCUGAAGACGAGGAGGUGAAGCUGAGUUAUCAAGUGGUCACAUCCUUCCUGCUUGGCGCGCUCAUCUUGUGUGCAAUAUUUGGUAACGCGUGCGUGGUUGCAGCCAUCGCCUUGGAGCGGUCUCUGCAGAAUGUGGCCAACUACCUGAUCGGUUCUCUGGCUGUCACCGACCUGAUGGUGUCGGUGCUGGUGCUGCCCAUGGCGGCGCUUUACCAGGUCUUAAACGGGUGGACUCUCGGGCAGGUUCCGUGCGACAUCUUCAUCUCUCUGGAUGUGUUAUGCUGCACGUCGUCCAUCCUGCACCUGUGCGCCAUAGCUCUGGACAGAUACUGGGCGAUAACCGAGCCCAUAGACUACAUGAAGAAGAGGACGCCGCGGAGGGCAGCGGUCCUCAUCAGUGUCACUUGGCUCGUCGGGUUCUCCAUCUCAGUGCCUCCUAUGCUGAUCAUGCGCUCCCAGCCCAGCAGCAUGGCAGAGGACAGGGCAAACCCUAAGCAGUGUAAGAUCAGGCAAGACCCCUGGUACACAAUAUACUCCACAUUCGGGGCUUUUUACAUCCCGCUGACACUGAUGCUGGUUUUAUACGGGCGGAUAUUCAAAGCUGCAAGAUUUCGGAUCAGGAGGACUGUGCGUAAAACAGAGAAAAAGAAAGUGUCCGACUCUUGCUUGGCGUUAUCUCCCGCCCUGUUCCACAAAAAGUCGCCCGGAGACGCGCAGGGCAAGAGCUGGAAACGGAGUGUGGAGCCCCGGCCGCUGCCGAGUGUCAACGGCGCGGUGAAACACGCGGAGGACGGCGAGUCUCUGGAGAUCAUCGAAGUUCACAGUAACUCCAAAGGCAACCUGCCCCUGCCCAACACCCCGAGCUCCGUGCCGCUGUUCGAGAGCAGACACGAGAAGGCGACCGAGGCCAAGAGGAAGAUCGCGCUGGCACGGGAGCGCAAAACGGUGAAAACUCUGGGCAUCAUCAUGGGCACCUUCAUCCUCUGCUGGCUGCCUUUCUUCAUCGUCGCCCUGGUUAUGCCUUUUUGCCAGGAAUCGUGCUACAUGCCCAUUUGGCUGGAACAUGUCAUAAUCUGGCUGGGCUACUCCAACUCAUUGCUCAACCCCAUUAUUUACGCCUACUUCAACAAAGACUUUCAGAGCGCUUUUAAGAAAAUAAUCAAGUGUCAUUUCUGCAGACCGUGAUGGUUUCAGUUUUCUUGGUGUCAUCAUAGAUUCACCGGAUCAUUGAAGUUUGAUCCGAAGACAUCAAGUGAAAAGAGGAGCAGCCCGAAAAGCCAUCAGCCUAUAAAAACGGCAGACUGAGAUUGUCCUGAAUAAAGAAUGACGCUAAAACUGAAGAGAGGGCUCAUCAUGGCUUUCGUUGAUCAUCACCGUCGUUAACAGUAUUGAAAUAUUCCCAGUGUCUGUAGCCUAUGCAUAGAUAAAGCUGUAAUCGUUUGAUUGAAGCUCCAUUGUUCCUCAUCAUGUUCUGUAACGUUCAAUAAAGAAAUACUUUUUAAUAAUUUAUCUGAAGUCAUAAUUUUACAACUUGGGUGCAAAU